UGGCGAGGUCCUCGAGACAGCCUUAACUCGAUGUGACAGGUUGAUCACAGUCUUAGGUGGGAAACAAAACAGAAAGUGACUGUGUUGCUGAAGAAUGCGACAUCAUUCGACCGUGUUGAACACACCGCCAGCUCCCCUUUGAUGUCGUUAAUGCGUGUGAUAUCAGGCAGGAAAUGUUUGUUGACUUUUAAACUACUUAAUGUGUUAUUAAGUUAGUGUGAUAUUCAAUCUGGUUUGCUGCGCUCGGGUAAAGAUCUACACCUGAAGGCAGUGUAUCAACACUUACAGGAGGCUUAUUGGCUUAGCCCAGUUCAUCUCUGUCAAGCUUAUGAAAACAGAGCACUGUCUGGAACAGUCUACCACAUUGCUUAGAUUUUAGCCAACGAUGACGAGAGCAGGUGGUAGAACGAGGCCAUCUUCUUCUCAUUCCACAACAUUAAGACCAGAAAAACAUCGAUAUUUUACUAGAAGCAGACUUAAACGAGCAGUCAUAUUCAAUGAUCAAGAUGGAAGAAUAAAUUUGACGUCUGACGAGGAACACAGACAUAAGACAGAGCUUCUGAAACCAUUGGAUAGGGGUAAAGCUCUGAAAGUAACACAUGUGAAUGUCCAGAAAGAAGAAAAUGGACUAAGACACCACACAUUCGAUUACCAAGUGGAUAAUCUUGUGGUCAGAAGGGGAUGGCCCUUUACAAUGUCCUUUGACUUUGACCGGGAUGUGGAUGUAAACAACGAUAGAAUCACACUUCAGCUGGCAUACGGGAGCAGGCCACAGUUUACCAAGGGAACUCUACUCAGGCUAGACGUCCAUCUUAAAAACAAAUCCAAGCCUUCGUUAGGUUCAAACAAGUUUGCGGCUAAUGUGUAUAAAGUGAGCGGUAGACACCUCAGCCUCACCGCUACCACUCCUCCUGAUGCCUUCGUUGGCCCUUAUGCACUUUUUCUGGAAACAAGGCGCCGUGGAGACAAGUCUUCCAAAAGGAGACAGAAGUUAAAGACAGGAGAAGUGUACAUCUUGUUUAACACUUGGUGUGAAGACGAUGUUGUGUAUGUGAAGGACGAAGAAGAAAGGCGAGAGUAUGUUAUGAAUGAACAUGGCCGAAUCUGGAGAGGAUCAGCUUUAAGCAAUGAAGGAACACCUUGGUACUAUGGUCAGUUUGAUCGACCGGUUUUGGAGGCAGCCAUUUUCUUGAUGGACUCAGCAGAUGUGAAGUAUUCAGCAAGAAGAGGGCCUAUUGCGUUUGUUAGAACUUUAUCAGCGAUGACAAACAGCAACGAUGAUGAUGGUGUUUUGGUAGGAAGAUGGACCAAAACUUAUCCAAAAGGCUGCACUCUGCCAACUGAUUGGACAGGAAGUGUUAAAAUUUUGAACCAAUUCAUGUCUGAAAACAAGCCAGUGGAGUUUGGACAAUGCUGGGUCUUUGCUGGGGUGAUCACAUCAUUACUGCGAGCACUUGGUAUUCCUACUCGCUGUGUAACAAACUUUUCCUCGGCACACGACAGAGACAGUAGCAUGACCAUUGACAACCAUUUUGAUGAAAAUAAUCAACCCAUUAAGUGGAUGAAUGACUCUGUCUGGAAUUAUCAUGUCUGGAAUGAAUCUUACUUUAAGAGACCUGACCUACCUGAGGGUUAUGAUGGCUGGCAGGCCCAUGAUGCAACUCCUCAGGAAGUUAGUGAAGGUGUGAUGCGGUGUGGUCCUGCCCCAGUGAAAGCUGUUAAAUUAGGCCAUGUCUACCUAAAUUAUGAUGUUCCAUUUGUCUUUAGUGAAGUGAAUGGAGACAAAGUUAUGUGGAAAUAUUAUCAAAAUAACAUUCCAAACUACACAUUCCUCUGUUACAUGUAUUUGUUCAUAAAAAAAAAUUGUUUAAAAAAAAAGGUUUCUGAAGAUGGUGAUAUGGAGGUUGUGGAUAUAGACACUCAUGCAGUUGGAAAAUACAUUAGUACUAAGGCAGUGGGCAGCAACUUGAGACAUGAUUUAACAUUGGAAUACAAAUACCCUGAUGGUUCUAAAGAAGAAGCAGAUGUCUUAAAACUUGUUCAUCAGUACAGUAGUAGAGCAGACAAUGACAUCUAUAACAAACCCAAUGAAGAUGUAGAAUUCAGAAUAGCAAUGACUCCCCCAAUUGUUGGGUUCGGCGAAAAAAUUAUGAUUGAAAUACAUGCACUUAACAAGUCAAAGGUCAAGUGCAAAAUUAAGGGCAGAGUUACACUGACCAGCUGUUACUAUACUGGAGUCUUAGAUAAAGACAUUAAAAGUCUGCCAUUUUAUGAAACCAUGCUACCUAAAUCAGAACACAGUUUUAGAUUUGAUGUUUCACCCCAUGAAUAUCUCAACAAACUCAAUCUUGAUGCUUGUUUGAUGGUGAAUGCUAUUUUUAAUGUGGAGGGAACAAAGCAGAACUUUGCCAGGUCUUUUUCUUUCAGUCUGUUGAAGCCAAAUCUAAUUAUUAAAGUUCCUAAAGAUAUAAAAGUAAAAGAAGAAACUUCUGGUUCAGUCCAGUUCACUAACUCAGUAGGGAUUAACUUAACAUCUGCAACCAUUCACUUAGAAGGCCCUUGUAUCAGUUCAACUCGGGAAAUCAGUAAGCCAAUCAAACCAGGUGAAAGUGUGAAGAUACAUUUUAAGAUUUGUCCAAGGAGAACUGGCUACUGUGAAAUUAAUGCUAAGCUGACAUCUGAUCAACUAACUGACAUUGAUGGUAGUGCCAGUUUUCAAAUAUUCAAAUCUUGAAUUCUGUGAAAUACUGUGUAUGUGAUUUUACUUUCAACAAAAACAGUAUAAAACAUAAUACAUUGAACUCCAAUAUAGUAUACAAUUUUGAUCAGCAGUGAACAUUUAUUUCCUUGUUAAAUUGAUGCAACACAUGACAUGAACAGAUUGUUGAAUAAAGUAUUUGAAAAAUUUGAACAAAAUA